AUGGGUCCUGACUUUAUGUUUGAGAAUGACUUCCCUGGUGAUGCGCGAGCCGUCAAUAAAAUUGCGUCGGGUUCAAUUAACGCUUCGCAUUUGGAUUCGGUAUUUUGCUCUGGUUUGAGGUCAGAAAGUGAUCUCAAACCCCAGAGUAUCUCACAGGGGCUUAUACUUCCGCGAAUUGUGACUAAAAGGCUACUCGAUUUUAUCCCUCGUGAAACCCAUCACUCUUUACGCCUAACCUGCAGGUCUUGGUCUCGAACAGUUGACAAGGCAAUGCCUGUUUCUCGCCCUGCCGCGAAUAUUGUACCGCCUGAAAUAUUGCUGCAAAUAUUCUUCAUGUUGGCCCCUCAUGAUUUUGAUAAUGCUCGACGGACGUGCUCCCAGUGGAUGAAAGUGAGCCUAAAUGAGCGGCUUCUGGAAAGUAUGCUCAAACGCGCAGGCUGGUGGAAUUCCUGGCAGCGGGACUGCCUGAUGCAACGUCAGGGUUUAGAACACCACAAAGAGAGCACUGUGUGGAAGAUGAGCCGGCGUUUCGCCACAGAAUGUAUCCUUUCCGGCCGAAAGGUGAACGUGGAGAGGGCUGGUUUCUUAAUAACCGCGGUCGUUGACUUUUCGAAACUAUCCCAAAGGCAGGAUUCCACCCGGGCGUCAUCAUGCUCGUUUUCCACGAAUUUCAGCGUCAACCAGAAUGGUGCCGUAGCUGUGUCCAAGUUCUGUCUCAGCGAUUGCGGCAAUUAUUUACUAAUAACCAGCAGAUGCAAAAUCUACGUUUAUCGUCUGCUUGGCCGGAACCAUGAGAGUCCCUUCCCUCCGUCUGUGCCUAAAAACGCGGAUGUUGCUCCCAUUACCAUCAUUACUUGUCCCGCUGAAGUGAUGUCUGCUACGAUUGAUACUAGUACUCCCAGACUCGUGGUAGCGGCGCUAUUCCGUAACCGUUCAGGGUUGAUGUGCGACUUGGUACCUUCUGACGCUGCUCGACCAAGUCUCUUACAAUCCGCUGGUUUCACCUCCGACAUAAUAGACGGCUCUAUACAACCCAUGGAAAUUACUUCCCUUAAUUACUAUCAAGAUGUAGGUUCUGCGGAAGACCCACCUCGCAGUGUGUCUGUCUGUCCCGGACGUCAGUGCGUGGCAUUCGGCUCUGGUUCUUGUAUUGAGCUGCGUUGGAUUGACGCAAAGACGAAACAAGAUUGCCGAAAACGCCUUGCUAUGUCGCAGCCAUCGGAAAUCCUGCACUUCCUGCCUCGUCGAUCAGAGACGCCUACAGAACUGCGGCUCAUCUCAUCCCUUGCUGGUCCGGGAUUACCAGGUUGUAAAUGUCACAAUGCACGAUCUGGUGAACAACGGGCAGCUUGUCCUUUUCAUAUUUUGGCCGAUAUCCAAUCUUUUGCUCAGUGGAGUUCCGGAGAAACUAGCACUCUCGGAUUAGUGAGGGCGACACAUGGCCACCACUACAGAACUGUUCCUAUCAAAGAUGGUUUACAUUUCCUGUUCAUCGAACCGCGCACUAGUCUGCUUUGUAUAGGUUCCGAUGCUCCUUUCGGUGGUCCUACUAGUCUGACGAGAGCUCUUAUCUCUGGUUCGGACUUGAACUGGGGCCUGCGGGUGGUAGCUGCCUAUGGAGACCGGAUUGUCUUAUACUCCGUCCCGCUGGAUGUCUUCAAUGUGAUUCAAAUAGAACGUGAAAGACAAGGAGAUAAUGUCAUGGGUGAUAGUGAUCUAGCACGAGAUUGGUUUCUCGACAGCGAAAGGUCGCGAAAUGGUCGUGGAAGUCUCGCACCGAAUCAAAACGGCGACUGGGACUUCCUCCUUAAUGUGAGCUACAGGCCGACAGCUAUGAUGUGGCCAUUCAAAAUCUACGGGAAGGAAAUUGGGCAGAUGGACAAUGUGGUCGAGUUGUCCUUACAAGCUGCCCACGGUGGCGCUCGAAUUUGGGCGUUUGCUGCAUCCGGUCAAACGAACAUCUUUGACAUAGACACCUUCACGUGUAGCACCCAGCAAGCCGCCGAUAUUCCUUACAAGUCGUUGUGUAUUGGAGCUGAUGGCAGCGUCGCUUCAGCUGAGAUGCUCCAGCGGAGUUAUAUCAGCUUGUCACCUCCAUUGUCGUCGCGCAAACGAAAGCACAUCGAGACACUAGGAGAUUUCGGUGAACCAAAGUCUACCACUUACCAAUCUCACGAUCCGACACUUGAUGGAGAAAAUCUAUCGGAUUUACAGAACAUCCACCAGACUACGACUAGCAAUGCAGCCACCAAACGGCGAAUAUCUUUCGCAGCGCGCAUUGUCGACUUCGGUAUCCCAGAGUCAGCCGACAGAUCGGUAGCGAGCGAAUGUACUUAUGCUUAA